AUGCCAAGAAUACAAGGAAUCGCAUUGGCUGGGGAUGUCGCGCAGUUGGCCGCCAACGGCCAGGAUCUAGUUCAGCUGGACUCUAACGACUUUUAUCAGGUGAUUCUGCAACGCUUGCAAGUCGCCAGUGCGACACAAGAGUGGGAAGAGGACUUCCGCGCACUAUUCCAGCUCGACAGACAAGAGCACGCUGGCCCUCAAAUUCUUAAGAUCAAACUCGCCAUCUUCCAAAUGAAAAAGUCGGAAAAGAAAGACAAACACGGCAAUCCGCAGCCUGCUACAGAACACAAGAUCAACCACCGCAUGGCUCACCCCAACAUACUCGACCUAACUCAAUAUCAAGAGAAUGCUCAUCUUCCCCUCCGCUACCGGCUAUCUAGUGUCAUCUCUCACUCUGGCGAAGGAACAGAGACCGCAGGCGGACACUACAUCGCGAGUGUUCGCGGCCCAGGCGACCGCAUUACUUGUAUCUCUGAUUCUGUAACGGAGACUUUUACACAAGCUCAAUUUGAAGCAAGCCCACAGGUGGCGAGAAUAUCUCCUCCAGCAAAGGAGGUUUAUGUACUCACCUAUCUGAGGGAUGACGGGAGGUUGCAACGGGAGAUGAAAAAUCUCGAGUCGACGUUGAAUUGA